AUGAAUAUCGGCUACUCUAGCUUCGCAACCAUGGUAUGCCCUCGCCGAAUUAACGACACCGAUUAUAUAUGGCACCCUCACCCAACUGAGGAUGAUCAAACUCAAAUCGAGACGUAUGUAAGUGAAGAUUGGAAAUUGCGUUCUGUUCCUCUUUCGGAUGUAAUAGUUACGGAAGUACCACUCUCAUUUGUAUGGACGGAAUCGAAUGAGUCAUUUAGUAUUCUAAAUUUGAACCUAAGGGAUUAUGAAAUAUAUGUCAUUAAUCAACACCGCAUGAUAUUUAUAUGUGGACCGAAAGAUUUGGUUCUCAGUGAUACAUUGCAGCGCCACCUUGAGCGCAUCAAUGGCAUUGGUAGAAUGAAACCACUUCCUUGGGUAUCAGAACCAUCAUUGACCGAAGAAAUUAAGAAGAUCGGUAAGGGUUUGGGUGUUGUGUUUUUGUACGGAGGCCACAUGUAUCUACCCCUGCAAGGCUGUGGUAGCCGUCCGUCACCACUUUUUGCAGCGGAUAACGAGGUGUAUGUUGAUCCAGUCACUGGCACACGUUCAUGCGUGGCAGAUCCAAUGUCGAAAUCGCGUAUAGGAUUUAUUUGCGAUGGUAUAAUUGAGCCCAUUGAUUGUAUGGCAUCACUAUUGGACAAAAAUGGCGGCGUUGUGACUCCCCCUCGACCUUAUCCGUAUUGGAGUUUCAAUAACAACAGACCUUGGGUUGUAGCAAACUAUUUUGAUAAGUUGCCGCUAACUCCACUCAACGGCGAAUGUAAAUGCAUCGAUCCUGAAACGGGCCAGGUGAAGGCCAGGAUAGAGAUCCGUUCGAAAACCGAGUACGUUUGUGACAUUGCGAGCAAGAUCUUCCGCAAUCGCGUGCGCCCGAUCAUUGGCCAUUGGUGUUCGGUGGUACUUCAUCCAGGCAGCACAUUGACCAUAAGAGUGCCAGCAAAGAUCGUCAACUCCACUGCUACUGACGGGGGUUUCGAUGACGAUAUUAACAAGGAUUCUCCCACUGUCACACUCUCUCAACUGCCGUCAAUUUAUGAGUACGAAACUGAAUUCAUGCCAAAGGACUUGACCACGCUGUGGCAACUGAUUGCUCCUUAUGGUGCCGACAUCUACGACGAAGCAAUGUACCACCAUGUUGUCGCUGGCGACGCCCUCGAGUUGGAUCUUUUCAAAAUGUCGCAGGGAGAGGUGAAGCUUAAGUACCAUAAAGACAAACCUCUCGCUUUGCGAAGCGGAUAUAACUCGUUCUUUUAUCACUGGACUCUGGUAUCGAGAAACGAGAACGUUCCCGAUAAGAUAAGGGCCACCAUCAACGUAUCCUUCGCAUUUAACCACGAGUACACUAAGGUUGGUUGUGAUAGGGGACAAAGGCAUGUGUUCGAUCAACAUUUGAGCGAGAACUAUUGCACAAACAAACUUAUGAGUAACGAUAUAGGGAGUAUUUACGAAUGCGUAUUUAAUCUAUGGAGGGCCGAAUGGAAAACUGGUAUAUACUGCAGUCCCGAUGAAGAGCUGUUGCCAAAUAACUGUGAGUCGACAGCGUAUGAUCUCAGUUCCGAUAGGAUUGUCCCAUUGCCUAUGUAUGUGCGUAAUGCAACGUCUUACCCUAUUAGAGGAUUCCAGGUGUUUGAUUUUGAAUUUAGAAGAGAUAUUCCUAUCAGUUAUGCUUGCUUCUGUGUCGACCAACGUGGGUACGAAAAGUCGAGGCUUAUUCUAGAGUCGUACGAUAAAUUAAGCCGUAACUACGUGGUACGCCGUAAAACUAGGUUUCGCAGGCUCCUCCCAUACGUAACGCUGCCUUGGCGUAAGGUUGGAUUAUUACUUGAAGGACUCACAUCUGCAAGAGUGAUUGUGCUGCGGAACACAUCAAAAAAGACUUUUAGAUUACAUGUGGGAACAAAGUUGUUAUUGCGCUGUGGAACUGCUGCCGAGUUGAGGAACGUUGGAAGACAUGAAAAUAUCACAACUACAUGGCUACCGAAGAUGCCCAAUGAAUUCCAUUAUGCUGUAACCCAUACAUCACAUGGAAGGGAACUUGUUAGGAGAUCGCACAAAGAAGCAGUGGCUACUACUCCGGGCGGCCUGGAAGUUAAAUACCAAGAGAUUGAGAGGGGACCCGGGUAUCAAACAGUAGAGAUUACAUCGCAUAGAGACGCUGUCCUGAUCUACAAAGGUCCGGUUCACACGCGACACGUGCCGAUGAGGUUCGUUUGCGGCAAAGUUCCCGAAACAUCGGAGUUGUCCAUCGUCACCGCUAAUGCGCCAUCUUCAGACGCAUCUGCCCAGCCCAUUUCUAAUAUCACAGAAAUGUCAGAAGAGUACACAUGGACUAUCGUUAAGGUUAAAGUCGAGACCACCGACCCGUAUAUGCAGGGUUGCGGUGUCACAUACGAGUCCACUGACCUAUUCAAGCCUGAGACUCCCCAACUCUACGACGGUGAUGGACAACCUCAGUUCGGGUGCAAGAUCGAUCUCCAAGCUGCCAAUGAAGCCGCCUUCUACUGCCCAGCGCCGUAUGUUCUCGACCCACCCAUUUGCUUCAGCCAGGUCUAUGUUGAUGGCGAAGUAAGGAGCAUGAGCGACCUCAGCGAAUCGUUGGUGGUGUCGCGAUCGAACCACUUCGUCAUCCUGAGCUUCGAUAGUUCUUUUGUCGGAGUCGGAGAAACGUUGCGCCAGACUCCGCCAUUGGAAUGCCGCUGCGUCACCGUAAAGGGCGUCGUUCUCUCCACCAUACAGAUCGAGAACUACUACUCUAAGUGA